AUGUUGGCACUAAUGGAUGGCCUGCCGACCCCUCAGCCUCAUUCCCCUCACAUUGAUACUGAAAAGUUGAGUUGGGAAGUGGAUGAGAAUGAGGACGAGGACGAGGACGAGGACGAGGAUGAGGAUGAGGAUGAGGAUAAUUAUGCUAAGGCGGCUUGUACCGUCAAUACCUACCUACCCAGCAUCUCCUAA